UUAAUCCACCUAUAAAAGGUCGGUAAAAUCAGUUAGCAGGUUCAUUCUCUCUGUUGGUAGCUCCAUGUAACUGAAAUUUCUCAAUUUCGACUCCUGAUAGAGGGACGAACCAAGAUUCAGAAAGGAAACGGAAGAAAGAAUGAAGCGAGCUUCGUCUUUGCCCAUAUUGAAAACUGUUGAAGGAACUCAUCACGUAGAUGUCAAUAACAAAGGGAAAGCAAUACUUGAUGAUGAACUCGAUGACGAUGAGAUCAUUGACUCCGAGAAAAUUAGCGAACCUGUCAUAUGCAAAACAAUACAAAAAUGGGAACCCACUUCACGAGGGGAAGAGUUUUCUUGGGAAAAACAGGGUAUAUGGAGGCGAGAGCAGAUAAACAGAGCAGCUAGAUUAGAGAAACAGCUAAAAGCAAGAUGGGCCGUCGACGGGCUAAUUGAGGAAGAACUUAAUCGUUUUCGGGCCCAAUACAACACAGCCAUGGUCCCUACUAAGCUCAAAGAUAUGGCCCAAUUAAUCAUGCCUAAAUGGACUCCUUCACCAGAACUAGCCACAUUGACUUGGUUAGGCGAUUGGCGGCCCUCCACAAUAUUGGAUCUUCUUUGUCACUUGGCUCACUCUUCUGCUUUAGAAUCAGUUGCCAUUGAGGUGGCGUUACCGCAAUUGAUCAACGAGUUUCGAAUUGAAGAGGCAGUGAUUGAUGAGGAAAUGGCUGAAAUCCAGGCUAAUUGUAUCUUCCAUUUACCAUUUGGCCCAAAGAAAGCCCAAAAUAGAGAGCAAGCAAUGGCUUGCAUUCAAUCUGAGUUUAAGAAGAUCCACAGGGUUAUUACUAAGGCCCAAAACCUGAGGCUAAAGGCAAUGGAAAUGGUGGUGAAGAAAGUGUUAAGCAGAACAGAUGCAGCAGAAUUCUUGGUUGCAUUUGCUGGAAUUCAAGACUUAGUUCACCAAUGGGCUACCCAACAGAAAAUGCGCAAAGAUCCAGUUUGUAUACGUACUAAAGCCCUGAAAUCUGGUGGCUCAGAGACGCAAUAAGACGGCCCAUGAUCCAACUUAGAGCAGUUCUAACUCAGUAAAGUAGGCCCAUUUGAGUAAAGGCUAAUCAUAUGAUGAUUGAUGCUUUUCCAAAUUACAAUUAGUACUCGGUAGCACUUUUAGGGGUUGUAUGCGUUUAGGAUUUUUAUUGUAUCUUUUGGAAUGAUGCCUUAACUUUAGCAUUAGCUUUUUAUGGGCAGAAGCUUUUGAACUGUACUCUUAAACAAUCUAGUGUAAUUGCGUAUAUACUUCUAGUA